AAGGGGUUAGGAGUUGUCCUACAAGUUGAGCAGAGGAGAAGCAGAUGGAUUCGUGCUUCUUCUUCUUCUUCUUCCUUUCUCGCUUUCAUUUCACUUUUACUGAACUAACAAGUCGUGAUGAACUAAAAGAGGACUAAAAGUAGUCUAGGACCGGAAGUAAGGAGGUCAAACUGUCCUUCUCGUUCGGACUUCAUGGAUCAUUGUCGCUAAAAAAACAAACAAUUGCAUCAACUUGAAUUGUUUCCACCUUGGUCUCCAUGGAGGUGACAUGUUCAUCCCCGCUUGAAGGAGCGUGAACGCUAUCGAUAUCCUUUAUCGAGCCACGGAAUGGCGGCUCUCGUCCUGGUUCUGCUUUGUCUUUGGAGCUGCGGGGACGCCAAAAGCGCGUUCCCGAUCAGAACCUCCUACAGCCUCUAUGCCGGCGACAACGCUCACGGUGCCCGAGUGGCCAGCAGACACAGAAACUGGUGUGCGUUUGCUGUGACCAAGACUGUGAGUUGUGUUGUUGAAGACGGUGUGGAGACGUACGUGAAGCCAGACUACCAUCCUUGUGCGUGGGGUAGCGCUCAGUGCAGUCGACUGGUCUCCUAUCGUACUUACAUGCGGCCCAGGUACAAAGUAGCCUAUAAAAUGGUGACACAGAUGGAGUGGAAGUGUUGCCACGGUUACAGUGGAGAAGACUGCAACAAUGGUCCAGUUGGAGGGACAGGAGUCUCCAGCAACCCUCAGUCCCAGCCAGGACAAGGAGGAAGUAGUUCGAGCACCGGACAAGGAGGCUUUAACACUGGCUUGGGACAGAAUGGGGGACACGGCGGAAGGGUGGAUAGUGAAAAAAUGAGGCAGUUGGAGGACAAGAUCCAUACUCUGACCAAAACUAUUGAGGACCUGCAGUCGACAAUGAUUUCCAUGAACGAGCACUUUAAGGGAGGGGCCAACAAACCUGGUUUCAGUGGCAGCGGCGGUAUCUCCUCCGGAGGAAGAAACCCUGCUGAUGCAGCUCAGCCCGAAAUCAAAGAAACUAUUCACAGCAUUCAAGCUAAACUGGAUCAGCUCGACAAUCGCACUCAGGCUCACGAUAAAACCCUGGUCAGUAUCAACAACCACCUUGUAAACGGAAAAGGUAAUGAUUUGGAAGGAGGUCUUCCUGGAGGAGGUGUGAGUGGAAAAAGCCUAAACUUGCUGAAAGAAGAUAUCCUGAAGGAGCUGGAGAGAAGAGUUUCACUAUCAUGUUCUUCCUGUCAGGCUGGCGUGGAGGACCUACAAAGGCAGCAGCGGGAAGAUCGUGAAAGAAUCCGGGCUCUGGAGAAGCAGCUCAAUGCUAUGGAUGUUCGUCAUCGGCAGGGCAUUGAUGGGCUGCGGCAGGAGGUGGCAACUUCAAGGGAAUGCUGUGACGGCAUCGACAAUCUUAGAAACCGCAUCACAGAUACCGAGCGCAAGAUCAGCACAGGGGCCGAGAACUUUGAUAUUCUUCAAAACCGCCUCAACAAUGUGCUCAGAGGAGGAAGUAGCAGCGGUGAUAAGGACGGAGGCUUCAGAGGCGGGGAAAUUGGUGCCGGAGGUAGCCUUGGUGGUGGCAGAGGGGAUUUGGUAGUAACACAAGAUAAACUGAACAACUUACUGAAAGAUUUGGAACGGCGGGUCAAUAACACUAUGGAGCAAACAGAGCAAAGCUGUGAAUACCUGGAAAAUGAUUUGAAGGAUUACUUCCAUAAAGACCUCGCUGACCUCAGGACUGUGUUCCUGGACCGCUUCGACGAUCAGGCCUUCAGGAUCGCAGAUGUGGAGCUGGACGUGGGGCUUGUAAAGCAGAGAGUGGCCGAGCAUGACAAGACACUAUCAAAGCUGGAAAACACUACCUUCCUCCUGAAUAGGGAGCUGAAGGAGUGUGGCUGUGGAGACUCGGUGGCAAAAGGAGGAGGAAAUACCAUCAAUGAUGGUAGCACAGGUGACACUGGGGUUGACAGAGGUGACACAGGGGGUAGCAGAGGUGGCACUGGUGGUGGCAGAGGUGAAACCGCUGAUGACAGAGGUGGCGGUGGUGGUGGCAGAGGUGACAGUGGUGGUGGUGGCAGAGGUGACACAGGUGGAGGCAGAGGUGGCACAGUUGGAGGCAGAGGUGGCACUGGUGCAGGUGGCGAAGGAGGUGUGACAAUAGGAGGAGGAGAAGGAUCAUCUGAGUUCGGAGGAGGAAGAGAUAAUUUCACAAAGAAAUCAUUGGAGUGGAGAGUGGUCGCCAACGAGGAUCAGAUCAGACAUUUCAACACGAGAAUCAAAGACCUAUCUGUGUCUGGAGACACUCUUAAUGACAAGGUAGUGGACCUGAGCCAUGAUGUCCGUAAGAUUAAGGCUUUGACUGGUGAUCACGGUGAACAUUUCAACCGUAUUGUGACAGAGGUGGAUUUGCUCGGACAAGACUGUUUACUCUGUGGGACGGUGGAAGAUGAAUUACGGAAGCUGCAGAACCAAUCCAAAGAUGAACUGGGCCGCCUGCAGAACCACUUGAACAGACUCCAGCUUAGUGUGGACUCUGGGGGUGCCUGCAACCAGAUCUGCUCCCACUUACAGGAUGAAGUUCACCUUCUGCGAAAGGAUGUCGCACGGUGCACCAGUCAAUGUGGUGGUUCUGGUAGCAGCGGUUCGACGAGUGCAAAUGGAGCUGCAGAUGGACAUGGUUUGGAUGCCGAGAGGCCUUUAGAUGGUCACAGUGUGAUCGGAGGCUCCAUGAACAACAUCCAGUUGAAGACUCUUCAGGGUGAACUGUCUGAGGUCAUCCUGACGUUCAGUUCCAUAAACGACACCCUUAAGGGUUUAGAACACACUGUUCACAAACAUGGCAGCGUCAUCACCGACCUGGGAAACACCAAGGAUAAGAUUAUUUCUGAACUGGACAAAAUCCAACAGGAGGUGACAGAACACAUCGAGGACAAUCGGGACCGGUUGAAUGGGAUGAACAGGGAUGUCCGACGUUUUGAGAGCACCUUGCUAGUGGAGAUGGGAGACUGCAAGAGAUCAAGUGAUGGGCUCGAGAAGAGGCUAUCCAAACUUGAAGGUGUCUGUGGAAGGAUGGACGGAGUCUAUGACUCAAUCCACAAGAUCAAGGAAGGACUAAACCAACAUGUAUCUAGUUUAUGGACCUGUGUUUCGGGUCUAAACAACUCAAUAAUUCAACACGGAGGUAUUCUGGACUUUGUUCAGAAGAACCAGGAUGAUGUCCAGAUCCGAUUGAAGAACCUCAACUUCAGCUUAAAUGGCAUAUUGAAAGACUUGCAGAGCUUUUCUGACAAUGGACUCACAGGGCGGCCAGGGCCUCCAGGACCCCCAGGAGAAAAAGGUUUCAAUGGACUGCCAGGUCCCAAAGGGCCACCUGGAUCCCCUGGAAGACCAGGAGAAAGUGGGGCUCGCGGUCUACCAGGUUCCAAAGGAGAGGCAGGACUGCCGGGUGUUGAUGCUCAUUCACCCAAACUGUCAUUCUCUGCCACUCUGACUGUCCCUAUGGAGAGGGCAGGAACCAUUGUCUUUGAUGAGGUCUUUGUUAAUGAAGGAGACUUCUAUGACCCCAGAACAGGCAUCUUCACAGCCCCCGUUGAUGGCCGCUACUUUUUCAGCGCCAUCCUGACAGGCCACAAGAACGAGAAGAUCGAGGCAGUUUUGUCCAAAUCCAACUACGGCAUGGCCCGAGUGGACUCUGGGGGUUACCAGCCUGAGGGCUUGGAGAACAACCCCAUGGCCGAAGCCAAAACCCCUCCAGGCUCGCUGGCGGUCUUUAACAUCAUCCUACCGCUGCAGACUGGGGACACGGUCUACAUCGACUUGGUGAUGGGCAAGUUGGCCCACUCUGUGGAACCGUUGACCAUCUUUAAUGGGAUGCUGCUCUAUGAAGCUAUGUGAUGACUUCCUGGCCAAACACACGAGACACUACUUGACAAGGAACAAUCAAUCAAGACAAGCCCACAUGUGGCACUACCAAACCCUUGAUUCACUUCUUUAUCCUGAAGUGGACAGAUUUUUUUUUUUUUUUUCAAACGUAACGGAUCACCAGAGGUGUUCAGGGGAACUCGUUAAGCAGUUUUUGUGAUUGUAAAUCCCCUUCUGAUGUUGUGAGUUGAGCCUUACAAAGCUAUGAACGUUACAUCAAUUGGAAUAGUGAAGCAAACACUGAAACUUUGUUCAUGCAGUCACCAUUGUGAGACCUUGAAACAACAUGAACUGAACAUCUCGGCUUGACACGUCAGACAUGUGGGGGGUUCCUCCUCGGUGACGUUGUGAGUGAUUAACUCGAUGUGUGAUGCCAUUGAAAGGUGACCAGUCCAGGGUUAUUAGUCUGCCAAGCUGGUAUAGGCUCCAGCUCUGCAACACUGAACAGGGUGAACCGUAGAAAAAAGGACUUCAUGUCAAGUGUGGUGCAUUGUGUGAAACAUCGAGAACACAGGUGUCAAAAGUUAAGUGCAGUCGGCUAAGUAGAACUUUAAUUAAUUUCUUCAUCUCCAUCUAUUUGAACUCAGAUGUAGAGGUAUUGAUUUAUCUGUGAGGAUGGAGGCCACAGUGGUAUUAUUUGGAGGCACUUCACUAGCCAUUCUUACUAAAGAUGUCAGAUUACCACAAAAUCUAGCAAUAAUAGAACUGUACACGACUAAAACCGACACCACUUUGACUAUUAAAACAUGGCAGUACAAAAUAACACAUCAGAGAUGUUUGACAACGUUGUCAAAAGUGACAAUUGUGACAACAACAAAGCGUGAUGGGAAACGCUGCUCGUCAGACGCAUUCUCAGACUCUUCCAGAUUCUGUGGAAAACCCUCGGAUCAAAAGAACUUGUGUUAAUGUGGGGUCAGUUAGUCCUUUUCAGUCCAAAGUCUGAAAUGUGCUUUGAAUUUUGUGCCAUUAAAAUUUGACACCUUUUUGUGGACUCAUCUGAAGGUCUAACUUUGACACUGAUGUGCCUUUAAAAGCAUGUGUAUUUUGAAUCAUUCAGGACACAACUAGUUCCACUUUUGAAUGUUUCAUCAUAAAUUGCACAAUGUUUGUUUCCAUAAGCCACUUCAUGUUGUUUUCAUUGACAAUUUUUCUAUAAAAUAAUAUUGUCUAUAUCUGGUUGAUACCAUUUCUGAAAGUAGGAAGAGCACAUUAGAAAUAUUGUCUUACAAAAAUGUCAAUGUCCUCAUUUUUAGGUGUUGUUUUAUCAAAAAGAUGAAUGUAAGGUAAUAAAAAUGAAAUAUUUAAUGCA